AUGGUUCGCUCUUCAGACAUCCUCCUCAUCCUUGUUGCUAUCCUCUUCCCCCCAGCAGCAGCGGCAUUCAUCACUGGCUGCAGUUGCGACCUUCUCAUCAACAUUUGCUUGACAACGCUCGGGUACCUCCCCGGACACUUGCAUGCUUUCUGGCUUAUAUAUAAGAAAAUGCAAGCUGAGGAACGAUACGGCAGUGGGGGCUUCAUCUAUGUUGGCAACGGCCACUACGAACCGCUGUACCAGCCAGCACCAGGUCAACCACAAGCACCUUACUACGGCGCAACUCAUCAUGGAUAA